AUGCAACUGACAGACGUUGACAUUGCCUCCAACCCAGAGUGGGAAGAAAUACUAAACAACCUUCAACUAACCAAACCAAUAGCUGAAAUAGAUACUAUUGAUAUUUUAGGGAAGGAGAUGGAUUCUCUAGAGAAAUGGGAGGUUUUCUACUGGACUUAUUCUAAGUGGAGAGGAUUUAGCAUAAGGAUUGAUGAUGGAAAAAAGAGGGAUGAUGUUAUUAGCAUGCGCGAGUGGGUUUGUUCCAAAGAAGGUUUUCGAAUAGAAAAUUUUCUCAACUUGCCAAACCAAAAGAGGUGUGCAAAGGAUAUAACUCGAAUUGGAUGCCAGGCUGCCAUCCGAUUGCUUUGA